UGCGGGGCCGGGGCUCGGCCCGUGCCGCGGGGGAGAAGGAGCCGGUUCGGGGGUAACCGCCGCGGUAUACGGGGGUGGGGUGAGCCGAGCCAGCGCUGCGCCGGCGCGGGAGGGCGCGGAGCCGACCCUCCCUGCGGCCCGGCCAGCUCGCGGCGGCGGCCCGCUCACCCCUCCCGGGGCCGGCCGCGAGACCGGCGCAGCUGGAUAAAGUAGCCACCCGCCUCCUGUCAGUCGCUGUGGCAGAGCCGGGCUUCCCCGAUGAGAAGGUGUGCUGUGGGAAGGCAACAGGCAUUUGACUGCAGUUUUGUAUUUUGGUCACUAGAGGUACCUGCAGUGCCUGUGGACUAGCGACCAGAUUGCCUUCUUUCUUGCUGUUCCUUCUGUUUGACCAGAGCCAGGAAUGAGCAGCUGGAGGAGGAGGUGCCACAGCAACAGAUAAGAUACUUUUCCUUCAAAGUAAGUAAGGAAGAACAAUGGGAGUUCAAGGACUUUGGAAACUGCUUGAAUGCUCUGGAAGACCUAUAAACCCAGAAACUUUGGAAGGAAAAAUUCUUGCUGUUGAUAUUAGCAUUUGGUUGAAUCAAGCAGUAAAAGGAGCCAGGGACCGUCAUGGUAACACCAUACAAAAUGCUCACCUACUCACUUUGUUCCAUCGACUCUGCAAGUUGUUAUUUUUUCGAAUCCGGCCUGUCUUUGUUUUUGAUGGGGAGGCACCACUACUGAAGAGGCAAACUUUGGCUAAACGAAGACAAAGAAAAGAAUUGGCAGUCAGUGACUCUAAGAAAACUACCGAAAAACUCUUGAAAACUUUCCUGAAAAGACAAGCUAUCAAAACGGCUUUAACAGGCAAAAGCAAUGAAGCACUGCCCAGUAUUUCACAAGUUCGAAGAGAAGAAAUUGAUGAUAUGUAUGUCUUGUCUUCUUUACAAGAGGAAGAAAAAAAGAGUUCAGAAGACGAAGAUGAAAAAGAGUGGGAAGAGAGAAUGAGCCAAAAAAAAAUAUUGCAGGAAGAAUUCUUUGACAAUCCUCAUUCUGUAGAUAUUGAAUCAGAAGACUUCAGCAGUCUGCCUCCAGAAGUGAAACAUGAAAUCCUGACAGACAUAAAGGAGUUUACAAAGCGACGAACAUUAUUUGAGACCAUGCCAGAGGAGUCCAAUGACUUCUCACAAUACCAACUCAAGGGUUUGCUUAAAAAAAACAACCUCAAUCGAUGCAUAGAAAAUGUGGAAAAAGAGAUGAGUCAGCAGGACUCAGGCCAAAUCCAAACCCAAUAUGAAAAUGAGGGGGGCUUCAUGAAAGAAGUGGAAAGCAAGAGGGUAGUCUCUGAAGAUAGUUCUCACUACAUUCUGAUAAGAGGUAUUCAAGUAAAGGAAGCCACCAGUACGCACUUAGGAGCUCUUUCAGUUGGGCAUUCCACAGGACCUGAAUAUAACAUACCUGAUAAAAUACAUAAUGAAAUGAAUGCUAAUACCAAGCCACCUUCACCUGAAAAGUUAAAGUCAGAGAAGGCUAGCAAUGCAGCUGGAGCACCACCUUCUCCCAGAACUUUGCUUGCUAUACAGGCAGCUAUGUUAGAAAGCAGCUCAGAAGAGGAGCCAGAGGAUGAAGAUAAAAGGAAGCUGAAUUUGGACCAAGCCACUCUCUGUCCCAGUACAGUUGAAGGCAGUGUAUCACCAAGAACACUACAGGUUAUUCAGCAAGCUUUAAGUGGUGGUGAUGAUGAUGUGAGAGCAGUUAUUACCGCUAGUGCUGAUAGAACACAAAUGGAAAUGUCAGGGGUGAAGGAUCUUAUUAGUAGCUCAGAUGAGGUUUCUAAAAUUAACGAUGGAAAAGAGUCGCUACUUUUACCUACAGAUCUUUCAACAAACACCGUCCUUAUGCAAGAUGGUGAAUCAGACCAAAAACGUACAUCAGAUUUUUUUUUAAUGCCUGUAUCUAAAGGUGUGUGCACACCUUGCGUUAAAAAUGAUUCCUCUGUUGAAAUCAUUAGAAUAGAUAAAGAACAGACAGAAGACGAACAAGAGUACACUACAAAAAUGGACUCAAGAUCUCUGCAAGAAAGUAUGGAUAUUUCAGUGCAGAAACCAAUAAGUUCCACAACAAAGACCACUUCAGUAGCUAUGAUUCAUUCAGAAACUACAGAAAUUUCCAACAAUGUGGAAUAUGAAAAUAUAGAGUGUGUUUUUCCAGAAGCAGAAAAGAAUGCUCCUGAGCGACAGCAUCCACUUUCAGUCACUCCAGAAAUAGCAUAUCCUAAUGAGGCAAGAGUACAAAGGAAAUCACAUUCUGAAGAGAGUGAUUCAGAUGGUAGCUUUAUUGAAGUCGACAGUGAAAUUAGUAAUGACACUGAGUUUCCAGGUGAAAUAUUUAAAACAUCACAUGCUCCCUCUGAACCUGAUGAGACAUUGGCUGUUGAAGCAGCAGCUACAGAACUGGAGCAGGAAGGAGAUGAUGGGGCUACAGAGAACCUCCUUAAAGACGCUGCUGAAGAAGUGCAGCUGACUAUUCAUCAGAAUGCUGAAACCAAAAAAGACAGGGAAGGUGCAGUGAAUGAGUGGCAAGAUAUUAGUUUGGAGGAAUUGGAAGCUCUGGAGAACAACCUUUCUGUUGAGCAAAACAUGCUUCAGGCUCAAAAACAACAGCAGGAACGUAUUGCUGCCACUGUAACAGGACAGAUGUUCUUGGAAAGUCAGGAACUUCUCCGUCUGUUUGGUGUUCCUUACAUUGAAGCACCCAUGGAGGCAGAGGCUCAGUGUGCUGUCUUGGACCUUACUGAUCAGACCUCUGGGACAAUCACUGAUGAUAGUGAUAUUUGGCUAUUUGGAGCGCGGCAUGUUUAUAAAAAUUUCUUCAGUCAAAACAAGUAUGUGGAAUAUUACCAAUAUGUGGAUAUUCAAAACCAGCUAGGGUUAGACAGAAGCAAGUUAAUUAAUUUGGCCUAUUUGCUUGGAAGUGAUUACACUGAAGGAAUCCCAUCUGUUGGCUAUGUAACAGCAAUGGAGAUUUUAAACGAAUUCCCUGGGCACGGAAUGGAACCUCUCUUAAAAUUCACUGAAUGGUGGACUGAAGCUCAGAAGAAUAAGAAAAUAAGACCCAAUCCACAUGAUACUAAAGUAAAGAAAAAACUGCAGCAACUGCAGCUGAGUCCUGGCUUCCCAAAUCCAGCAGUAGUAAAAGCUUACCUGAAACCUGUGGUGGAUGAGUCAAAGGGGUCAUUCAUCUGGGGAAGGCCUGAUGUAGAACAGAUCAGAGAAUUCUGUCAGAGUUGCUUUGGCUGGACUAGGACAAAGACAGAUGAAGCCCUUUUGCCUGUACUUAAACAGCUGAACUCACAACAGACUCAACUUCGAAUUGAUUCAUUCUUCAGACUAGCACAACAUGAGAAGCAAGCCAUUAAGAGCCAGAGACUUCGAAGAGCUGUGACUUGUAUGCGGAGGAAAGAAAAAGAAGCAGUAACUGAUGAAAUUCAGGAGGCUACUGCUGUUGUAGAAAGAGAAUUUAAACACGGUGAGGAAAGGAAAGGAAAAAGAGCUGUCCAAGGUACAAUGGAUCUCUCUACUGCAGCACAAAGCCAAAGGAUAAAAAGGAAAAAACAUUCAAAGUCCAAAGAGGAGAGUUUCCAUGGAGGCGGUUUCAUUGGUGAGGUGCAGCUGUCAGAAGGAUCCAGUGGGUCUUCAGGGGAGGAUUCUGAAAGUGAAGUUUUAAAUAAGAGCAAAAGAGGAAAAACUGUCAAGGAAUCAGCAAUUCAGAAAAACGCAGUGAGACAGGAGGAAGACGUGACUAGUAGCUCAAGUGGUGAGGGUGAAGAUGAAGAAAACACAGUCAUGGUGACUGCCCGAUCUGUGUUUGAGGGCAAAAAGGGAAAAUCAUGGAAUAUGAGAGGAAGAAAAAAGAAAAAGUGCUAACUGUGUGUGGGGGGGCGUUGUUUAUGAUCAAGUCUUCAUCUGUAAAUACUCGAAUGAAUUCUCUGGUAGAAAAGAAUAAACGUAAAUUAUCCCUUUU